CCUCCUCCUCUUCCUCCUCUUCCUCUUCCUCCUCCUCCGUUGGCUGCGGUCUGUGUGUCGGCGCGGGACCCGGCGUUCCGUUCGUCCCGAGCCGUGAGCAGGCAUUCAGUUUAUGAAUGGCACUGACAUGGAGGAAGUACCGUUUCAGAAAGUCAAAACCAGGCGGAAGAGAGGUCACUGCCCUCCGGGCGUCCCUUUGACCACCAUCGCGUGCGAGGACGAGUUCGACUGCAAGGAGCUCGAGUCCCUCUUCCAGAACUACAACCUGAAGCUGGAGCAGACGUCCACCCUCAAAGCGCUGGCCGUGCUCAUCGUCAUGUCCUCGACGCUGGCCGUGGUGGAGUUGCUGUCCGGCCCCAGCCUCACCGUCUCCAAGGGGUCCCACCCGGUGCACUCUGUCAUCUUCGUGUCGCUGUUCAUCGUAACUAAUGUCAAGUACCUGCAAGUGACUCAGCUGCAGCAGAUCGUCAACCUGACGCUGCUCUUCGGCUUCACCUUCUCCCUCCUCUGCUGCCCCUUCUCGCUGGGCGCCAUGGGCAUGGAGCCCCCGACGGCCCCGGAGCAGGGCGUGUGGCAGCUCAUCCUGGUCACCUUCGUCGCCUACGCGCUCCUACCUGUGCGCACGCUGCUGGCGGUCGUGUUCGGAAUAAUGGUCUCCGUCUCGCACUUGAUUGUGACCGCCACUUCUGUCACGGUGAAAACACAGAGGAUGUGGAGGACGUUGGUUGCCAACACGGUGCUGUUCACCAGUGUCAACCUGUCAGGGCUGUUUGUACGCAUCCUGACGGAGCGAGCCCAGAGGAAGGCCUUCCUGCAGGCUCGCAACUGCAUCGAGGAGAGACUCCGUAUGGAGGACGAGAACGAGAAGCAGGAACGCCUGCUAAUGAGUCUGUUGCCCAGGAACGUAGCUAUGGAGAUGAAAGAGGAUUUCCUGAAGCCCCCAGAAAGGAUCUUUCACAAAAUCUACAUCCAGCGCCAUGACAAUGUCAGCAUCCUGUUUGCAGAUAUAGUUGGUUUCACCAGCCUGGCCUCGCAGUGCACAGCCCAGGAACUGGUGAAGCUUCUGAAUGAGCUGUUUGGAAAGUUUGAUGAGCUCGCCACGGAGAAUCACUGUCGCCGGAUUAAGAUCCUGGGGGAUUGUUACUACUGCGUGUCUGGACUGACCCAACCCAAGGCAGACCACGCCCACUGCUGCGUAGAGAUGGGUCUGGACAUGAUUGACACCAUAACGUCAGUGGCAGAGGCCACAGAGGUCAACCUAAACAUGCGCGUGGGCUUGCAUACAGGUCGGGUGCUCUGUGGAGUGCUGGGCCUCAGGAAAUGGCAAUAUGACGUGUGGUCCAAUGAUGUGACCCUGGCCAAUGUGAUGGAGGCCGGAGGACUACCCGGGAAAGUCCACAUCACCCGAUCGACACUGGAGUGCCUCAACGGAGACUAUGAGGUGGAGCCCGGAAACGGUCACGAAAGGAACGCCUUCCUCCAAAAACAUGACAUUGAAACCUUCUUUAUUGUGCCAUCUCACAGACGGAAGAUAUUCCCAGGAUUGAUUCUUUCGGACAUAAAGCCCGCCAAAAAGAUGAAGUUCAAAACCGUGUGCUACUUACUAGUGCAGCUUAUGCACUGCAGGAAGAUGUUCAAGGCUGAGAUUCCCUUCUCCAAUGUCAUGAACUGCGAAGACGGUGAUAAGCGGAGGGCCAUGCGGACGGCUCCCCAGAAGCUGAGGAAUCGUCCCAACGCGAACCAGGCCAACGUGAUCCAGAGCAGCCCCAGAACGCGGGUCAACCGCUACAUCGGCCGGCUGAUCGAGGCCCGGCAGACCGAGUCGGACACGGCGGACCUCAACGUCCUCACGCUCAUGUACAAGUGUUCUGAGCGCGAGCAGAGGUACCACCAGGUUCCCGAUGAGUACUUCACCAGCGCCGUGGUCCUCUCCCUCGUCCUCGCUGCCUUGUUUGGCCUUGUCUACCUUCUCAUCAUACCACAGGGCAAAGUGAUUCUUGUCCUUCUCGUCUUCUGCAUCUGUUUCCUAGUAGCUUGUAUCAUGUACCUGCAUAUCACUAGAGUACAGUGUUUUCCAGGGUGCCUGACCAUUCAGAUUCGCACUGUGCUCUGCAUUCUCAUAGUGCUCUUAAUCUACGCUGUGGCCCAGGCCUGUGUGGUGGGCUGCAUGCCCUGGUUGUGGGGCAGUGCCAACACCAACAGCUCCAUCAUCAUCAUCAUCGAUGACGUCAGCGGUGCCAACCGCACCAUGGCGGAGCUGCCUUGUGACGGUGCCCACUACGCCUUCCUUUCCUGCGUUGUGGGCACCCUCACCCUGGCACUUUUCCUGCGGGUCUCCUGGCUGCCAAAGAUGGCACUAAUGCUCCUCCUGGGGGUGCUGUAUGUCACCGUGUUGGAGCUCAGUGGCUUUCGCAGGACGGCGGGUGGGGGGUCCUUCCACAUCCGGGGCUAUGAGCCCAUCCUGUCUCUGUUGCUCUUUGUCAGUGCCCUGGCCCUCCACUCCAGGCAACUUGACCUCAAACUACGCCUGGACUUCCUAUGGGCUGUGCAGGCGGAGGAGGAAAGAGAUGGCAUGGAGAAAGUCAAGCUGGACAACAGGCGGAUUCUCUUCAACCUCCUGCCCGCACACGUGGCACAACACUUCCUGCUGUCGAACCCCAGAAACAUGGUGAGCCUCGCUAAUAGACAGGCAGGCAGACAGACAGACAAACAGGAUCUGUACUACCAGUCCUACGCACAAGUAGGUGUUCUGUUUGCCUCCAUCCCAAACUUCAACGACUUCUACAUCGAGUUGGACGGAAACAACAUGGGAGUCGAGUGCCUCAGACUCCUGAAUGAGAUCAUCGCUGACUUUGACGAGCUCAUGGAUAAAGAAUGCUACAAAGACAUAGAGAAAAUCAAAACCAUCGGCAGUACAUACAUGGCAGCUGUGGGCCUCGUCCCCACCAUUGGCACCAAGGCCAAGAAAUCCGUUUACGACCAUCUCAGCACGAUAGCAGACUACGCCAUCGAGAUGUUUGACGUCUUGGAUGAAAUCAACUAUCAGUCAUACAAUGAGUUUGUCCUGAGAGUGGGAAUCAAUGUCGGUCCGGUGGUCGCAGGGGUGAUUGGGGCACGGCGACCUCAGUAUGACAUCUGGGGGAACACGGUGAAUGUGGCCAGUCGGAUGGACAGCACCGGAGUACCUGGAAAGAUACAGGUGACAGAAGAGGUCUAUCGCCUGCUGAAAACCAACUAUGACCUGGUGUGCCGUGGCAAAGUCAGCGUGAAGGGUAAAGGUGAGAUGCUGACCUACUUCCUCGAAGGGAAGGUGCAGGGCGUGGGCACUGUGACCACCUCUUCGGUGGUGCGCUCUGCCAGCUUGGCGCGACGGAUCCACUCCUGCGGGAAGACCAGCGUCCCGACCAAUCUGGGCAGCGUCUCUUCUGCCGCCAACCUGACCGCUCACGCCGUCCAGGUGAACGCUGCCAACAGCAGCGUCAGCCAAGUGACGUGCCUGCCCUCGUCCUGUGUGCCCGCGGUGGGCGAGGUGGACGAGGAGGAGGACGUGGAGGUGUCGGGGAUUCGGAUGGAGGCUGUGGCCGCUGUUGCAGGUGUAACAGUGUAGGGAUGAAAGACAUGCAGGACUAUACACUGAGCUGGAAAAAAAAGGGGAAGAAAACCCCUGGCUGAAGGCCCCGAGAAGACAGGGCUGUCCAGGUAUUUCCUUUAAAUCCAGAGCUGCUGGCAAAUCCCCAGAUGAUGCUCAUUCAGGAUAUGAACUUUUCAGAGGAAUGACUUGGUGAUUCAGACAAUCAUACUCGCUUUUAGGGAUUUUUUAACUGCUUGCCAGUCUCAGAAGACAAACGAGGAGUGAAGGAGAAAGAUACCGGCAGUUUCAAACCCUCUUUUAACAUCUCUUUGCCAGAUAGUUCGAUGUGUGGUGUUCCUGGGUUCCCUCAGGUCCAGGUAUAAUGUGCAUCUUCAUUUGUAGUGCACAAGUACUGCAUAUUCCGUGUGCAAGGGAUGUGUGCAUUGAUAUUCUUGAAAUGACUGAUCAUGCUACUGCUUUUGCACUGUCUUUCUGAUUAUGCCAAGGACACAUUGCAUUAUUUACAGUGUAAUUUUGUGGGGUUUUUUGGUGUAUGUGAGCAUGCAUGAGUGUACCUGUGAGUGUGUGUGUGUAUGCAUGUGUGGUUAAUUCUGAAUUGUAACGAAACAGCACAAAGUACUUUUUUUAUAUUCACCAGAGGAAACAGGCUUUUUUUCAGAGAUAUAUUCACAGUUACUAGCGCAUGACUUUUUUAAGAACAGCCAUAGUAAUUCCUGUUGAAAGAAAACCAAAGUAACUGAGCUUUUCCAUGGAUCUUUAUUUCCACCCCUUAAUACUUGAUGUUCUUACAUUGCCCCAAAUCACAGUCUUAUAAUGUAAUGAGGCAUUGGAGCACACACACACACACACACACACACACACACACACACACAAACAGUGGUGACUGUGGUACUGAAGAGGCGGCAAAGGUCAACAAAAGUGUGUGUAGUGUGGAAACCUAAAACACAGUUUUACAAUUUGGCCUAUGAGUUGGACAUGUGCUGCUGUGGGAACUAAUUCAUGCAGAGAUGGAAUAAGUCACAAAUGCAACACAAAGACGACCAAUACACAUUUAUGUAUUUUGCAAACACGCAUAAAGACACUCAAAGGCCUCAAGGAAGGCAUGCAUCCACACAGAGCACAUGUACUUUACUUAAGCACACACACAAACACACACACACACACACACACACACACACACAAUAAGCACACAACCUUUACCAAUGCACAGCCCGGUCCUUUCCUCGUGGCCUCUGCAAACGAUUCGUGCACAUCCACACAUUUCCUGGGUGCAGUGUCUGGCUGCCGUCAUGUUUCAGGCGUACGCUGCCGUACCCCCCGGCUUUUAUCCGCAUUUUGAACUGACCGCAGAAACUUUAUAAGCUUUAGCACGUACGUCUCUCUCUCUCUCUCUCAGAUGCAGUCUCAGAAGUGUGAGGCACUUCAGAUAUCGUCGUCGGAUAUCACCUUUAUGAAACUUUUACUUGAUCCGCAAACGUGUAAAUACACCAUGUUUCAAGUAUUUUGCCUUACUCAAUAAGCUUACCGUGAUUGCAACCUGCCUUUUUAGAUAUAUUCACUUUGAUAUGCAGAUCAUACUUUUUUUGUAAAUAGCCAAAAGCUGGAAACUAUGUUGUAACUUGUACAGUGUAAAGUUGGGUUAUUGAAUAUUUUGUAAUAAAGACAAUAUUGGUGU